GCAGCACGUCAUCCAUUUCUGUAACUAAAACAAGAAGCAUUACAUGGCGUGCUCCAAGUACGCCAACUGAACCUUAUUUAAUAAGAAUGCUUUUCUAAAAGUUAAACGAGCUUGAAUAAUGCGAUCGACUUUAUUGGACAGACAACAGUUUUAGAGUAUAUUGUGCGGGGUAUGUAACUCGACAUUUCUUCUUUCUUUAUUCAGCAGCAGAGCGUGUCCACUUUAGCCUUGCGUUAGCUCAGUUAGCCGGCUAAGCUAAUGCCCAGGCGCUGACGGUGACAGCUGGAUAAUUUGUGAUGGCUACUACUGAGAUGGAAUCUGGGUCUUCGGAAAGCAGAUCAGAGCAAGGGACAGCUGACCCCGAUUCAAAAUACCCACUGAAAGUUCUUUAUUGUGGAGUGUGCUCUCUGCCUACAGAGUACUGUGAGUACAUGCCUGAGCCAGCUAAAUGUCGGCAGUGGCUUGAGAAGAACUUUCCAGAUGUGUUUGCCAGGAUGACUGUAGGUCCUGCAGCAAAUGCACCUAAACAGGAACCUGGCACUGGAGAUGCGCCCCCUGCAGGCGAGGAGGAGGAGAAGAAGAAGCAGAAGAGAGGUGGGAGAGGCCAGAUCAAACAGAAAAAGAAGACUGUGCCUCAGAAAGUCACAAUAGCAAAAAUCCCGAGAGCCAAGAAGAAAUAUGUCACACGGGUGUGUGGCCUGGCAACAUUUGACAUUGACCUUAAAGAGGCUCAGCGAUUCUUUGCCCAGAAAUUUUCUUGUGGUGCCUCGGUUACAGCAGAGGAUGAAAUAAUCAUUCAGGGAGAUUUUACAGAUGACAUAAUUGACGUCAUUCAGGAGAAGUGGCCUGAGGUGGAUGAUGACAGCAUCGAUGAUCUGGGUGAAGUCAAGAAGUGAAGACCAAAUAUGCACUUUUGCUGAAAGGAUGUGACCUGUAACAGCGACAACCUGGCCAAAUGUACACAUUAAGUCAUUUUAUACCUAUUUUAUUUACUGUACAUAAAACGCUGUGGACUGGGCCACUCACUUGGCAAUUAUUUUUUUUUUCUUAGUUAAUAGCUGCUUUCUCUCGUUUGCCAAAGGUGUGGUAUGACAUGAAUCCUUCCCAAAUGUUCUUCACUCAAGCAAACUGUAGGCUAAUAAAUUUCAAUCUCCUUCACCCGUA